AUGGCGCCGAGGUUCAAAGAUGGGGACGCUGUCGCGACUGUGAACGGAAAAUGGGUCUCUUGGGCUCAUACCGCCGUCGCGUACACUGCCUUUUUCAGCGCCCUCAUUGUUGGUGUGUGUCUGCAUUAUAAAAAGAUCGUGCAAAACGAGCACUACGGUUAUCCGGACGAAUGGUUUCCCUCGGUCUCAGCAACCAUUGGCGAUCGGUAUCCGGAGCGUUCGUUCUUCCAAGUCUUCAUCGCCAUCACGUCCGGCCCGCGAUUCGCCCUCGUCUUCCUCUGGUAUCUCGUGACUGCCCGCCCCAACUCGACGCUUCCCAAGUUUGUUGCCGGUGUUGGACUGUUUCGGACUUUUACCUGCGGUGGAUGGACAUAUGUUACAUCGACGGAUGACCAUGAUUGGCACGAUAUCUUUAUGAUCUCGUAUUUGGUUGCGACUCUGCCAUGGACUAUUGGUUGUUUGGCCCUGAGCCCAAACAACCGUCGGGCUGUUAAGUACAGAAAGAUUCUUGCCAGUCUCUUCUUCGGCACCCUUGUUCCGUUAAUCUACUACUUUAUUCAGCACAAGGUGCACAAGGUUCCUGGAGCCUACACAAGAUACGCGUUCUUUGAAUGGUCACUCAUUUUGUUCGAUGUCGGGUUCGACGCUGUUACCGCGUUGGACUUUGAGGCUUUCGAGAUUGUGAUUAGGGAUAUCAAGGGAAUCAGUCGAGGGCAGUUGAAAACUACUGCGGAUUCCGUUCUUGAGAAAGAGAAGGGAAAGCCCGUCGGAAAUACCUUCGGCCAGGGAUUCUUCUGGAGCGAGGUCUUUGAUGCCGCUGCGGAUGCGUAUAAUGGGUUUGUCUACUGGACCAACUGGACGUCCCUACCUGUUCUUGUCUGGUAUUUCCCACUCUGGUACAUGGGCCUCUCCGGAUACGAAGUCGUUAUCCUCUCCUAUAUAUCGCCGGUACUUCUCGCCAUUCCUGCCUUUAGGUCCCUUGCUGUCAAGAACCCCCGUGUCUUCCACUUCUUGUCGCUAUCUGGAUUCUAUGCCUACAUGGUGCAGGAUCCCGCAAACAGGCUAUUCAUCACUACCUUUUCUGUUUCAUGCAGUUGUAUCACAUUUGUUGCUACCUUGUACGCGGACAGGGGCCAAAGCUCAAGGCUAGAAUCUCGUGUUUUCGCUUGGGGCAUCGGAUUGAUAUUGUCGAGUAUUGCCAAGUUUGCCGGCAAGACCAAUAACCCUGUUUGGCCCAUCAUGCACGCCGACAAUGGCGGAUGGAACAAGCUUGGACUGCUUCUUGCUAUCUUGGCUGGUGUCCGCGCGUUUAGAGCCCCUACCAGCAACGGUGGGGAUUACUUCCCCUCUUCCGGCAAGAAGGGAUCUUCUGUCCUUGCUGGACUGGGAGUAGGCGGUUUGAUCUUUGCAAUGCAUUUCCUCUUGUCCGAUUCAAGCACAAUGAUUGCCUGGGUCUGGGACGGCUACCCCGUCCGUGGCCCUAUUCCUGUGCCCCAUGGUGCGCUCACGAUUUUUGUGAUGGGUGCUGGUCUCGUGUUUGGUCUAUUCUACCCCAAUGUUGCUGGAAGCUGGACUGCGUUUGGAAUUGGGUCUGUCGGUGCGGCUUUCCUCACGGAAACUCACCACUGGAGCGGAUUCUACGGCGCUCUCACGAUCGCCUUCUACCUUUUGGCUGUCUCACCUGCUCUGAUCUCUUCUGCUGUUCGCCAUUCUCCUGCUCCGACAUUCGGUCUUGCUUUCUUCAUCUAUGUCUUCUUACUCCUCUUCCACGUCUGGGUUGUUGCUUACGCCUUCGUUCCUGGCGGUCCGCUCGUCAGGGAGCACACUGACUGGAUCAUGAUUGUCACUAUGUUGUUCAUUGGUGCAGGUGUUUUCUCUGCGUCCGUGUCGAGAUCAGGUAGCCCCAAGAGCAGCACGGCCAUCAGCCCGAACGGGAAGAGAGUCCGGUCAUACUAUUUCUACGUGCUCGUCGCGUUGCAACUGCUGUCUGUUGCGAUUGCAUACCUCCGUUUCCCCACUAACGAUUACGCGCCCUACCACAAGGAAGAUAAGGCUGUGACUGCCGGUAUUUGGACCGUGCACUUCGGUCUUGACAACGAUAUGUGGGCUUCCGAGCGACGCAUGCGUGAUGUUAUCCAGGAACUCGAACUUGAUGUUCUUGGCCUCCUUGAAUCGGACAACCAGCGCAUCAUUAUGGGUAACCGUGAUCUUACUCAGUUCAUCGCCGAAGACCUGGGCAUGUAUGCAGACUUCGGACCGGGCCCUAACAAGCACACCUGGGGCUCUGCUCUGCUUUCCAAGUUCCCCAUUGUCAACUCUACCCACCAUCUUCUUCCUUCACCUGUUGGUGAACUGGCUCCUGCCAUUCACGCCACCUUGGAUAUGUACGGCGAGAUGGUCGAUGUUGUGGUCUUCCACUCGGGACAGGAGGAAGACCCCGAGGACCGUCGUCUGCAAUCGGAGUAUCUGUCAAACCUGAUGGGAUCUUCUCCCCGCCCGCUGAUCUUGCUGAGCUACCUCGUCACCAAGCCACUCGAGGGCAACUACAACACCUACGUUAGUGAACUGAGCGGCAUGAAGGACAUCGACCGAACGGAUUGGGACCGUUGGUGUGAGUACAUCCUGUACAAGAACAUCAAGAGAACCGGCUACGCCCGAGUCAGCCGUGACUCCAUCACCGACACGGAGAUUCAGGUCGGUAAAUUUGUUGUAGGACAACCAGAGCCUGAAAAUGAAAUGAUGAUUCCGGAGGAAAUGGUUCCUCAGGGUCUCAGAUUCCCUGCGUUGUUCCGUGGUAAGGGUGUCCGCGGUCACCGCUACCACGUCUUCAACGAGCCGAGAUAUUGGCAAUAA